AUGGAACCUUUGUUAAAGGCAGCCCGUUGGGUGGGUCUCAGCUCCAGUCUCCUGACCCUGGUCUUGGGCGUCGUCCAUUUGUGUCGGCAACACGUCUCGAUCCACUGGCCCAGCAAAAUACACGCUGCCUUCCUCGAUGACGUGCAACAGGCGGCCUGGCGGACGCGCGUCUUUACGCUGGCGCCCGACUACUUUUUGGAGUGCUGGACGCCCGUCCUUGUGGGGCUCAUCGGUGUCGCGUGCCACUCCAACUAUUUCCGUCUGACUCAGAAAGUCACCUCCAAUUUUGGGUUCUACUUCGUAUUCCUGAUGAUCCAGGCAUUGUUUGCCAACAUCGGUUAUCGUGGGGGAUUGGGUAUCCUUGUGUCUGUCGUCUCGUUUGUGGCGGCUCUCUUGGCGCUAAUUGCUGGGUUCAUGGAGCGCAGCGCGUCUGCUGCUUUACAACUUGGUCGCGACAUUAAACACAGUUUCAUGGCCACCUAG